AUGCGGGAACUGUGGUUGACUGAUCGAGACGUCGAAAAGCCGCAUCGCUCGAUAUCCAAAAUACUAAUCGACCCCACUUCUGCAGUCUCAGUCCCGGGUCCUGGCCUCGGCCGUAUAUUUGAUGUUUCUUCAGGCGAUACAAGCCUUUCUACGACCCCUCCACAGAGCAAUUUUCUGACUGGAUCGCUCUCGAGUCCCACUGACUCCUUGCCUGAUGGCGGCUUCUGGCAAGGUCCUGCCUCAGGCCAGACGAAAGAAACCGAUCUUGACAUCACGAGUAAGGAUCUGCCCACGCCUCCCAACGACGUUGAUGUGAUAUCAGUCUCGCGUCUGGACACAAGUGACGCCGCGGCCACGAUUAGGCAUCGAGAGGCGAUGAGGAAGUCUUCUCGCUGGCUGGUGGUUCACGUGCGAGGUACAACUACGGUAAUCAUAUUCCUGCCCCGACAGCUUUCAACUCCUAAAUCGUCGAGUCUGUCGAAGUCAAUGCUGACCUCUUGUAUGGAGUGGUUGGAAACGCUGGGGAUGUCACAGAUUCUGGUGGCUGUCAACAAAGCACUGUUGGGAGAAAAUCCACUAGGCUCCUCGGUCUACAAGAGUCUUCUCUUCCUCGGCUUUUCGACGCUGCCCUCGUGGAUUGUGGCUGAACAAUUACCCUAUCUGGGGGAAAGCUUUUCUUGGCUUGUUACUGACUUGAUCGAUUGCUAA